GAAAUAAUCCUGCUACAAAAUCUGAAUUCUCAAUUCAAUGUAACCCACGAAGGAGCUACAUAUACUUUUCAUACUUAUCCAGUCAGUGAAGCGUUCAAUACGUAUAGUUUAAUAAGGAAGAGUGGAUUUACUAACAAAUGUUUCAGGAAACAGACAUAUGCAAAGAGGUACCGUGAAGCUAGUCCAGAUUUAUUUGUACAUUCGCAGGUUACAAAUCUUUUAACAUGCAAUCAGGUAGAAUUAAAAUCAUCAGAAUUUGAAAUUGAUAGACUCAGUAUGAAUCUUACGUUUUUGAAAAAUGGAUUACAGUUAACAGAAGAUCAGUUUAUCUUAACGACAUUUAAAACAGCAAGAGUAUGCUUAGACACAUUUGAACGGGUGAUGUCCAUACAGUCAGCACAGAAAGAGCAAAUAGACUUUUGGGGAAUAAUUUUAAGAAUAUGUACGUUGAUUUCUGUAUUAUGCUUGUUUGUUACAUUCCAGACAUAUUGCUUGUUUCCUACGCUACGAACUGUUCCAGGAAAAAAUAAUAUGUGUUUGAUAUUUGCAAUGUUCUGGGCACAUACUAUUUUACAGUUUGGGGUUUUCGAGACCGAGUUGGAAAUAUUAUGUAAAAUAAUAGGCAUAGUCUUACAUUAUUUUUGGUUAGUAACAUUUGGAUGCUUAAAUAUAUGCUCUUACCAUAUGUACAAAGUGUUCACGAAUAAAACAAUCAUCAGUUCAAAUGAAAAAUUAAACAUUAAAUUGUACAUAGUAUAUUCGUAUGGCAUUCCAGCGAUAAUUGUGGGUUUGAAUAUUGUUAUUAAUACAAUCAUCGCAAACGAUGGAUCUGUUGGAUACGGUGAAUUGAUGUGUUUUAUAAGCCAACCAAUUUCUAUAAUUGUUACAUUUGUUAUACCAGUUUCACUUGUGUGUGUCGCAAACAUACUAUUCUUUGUGUUUACUUCAGUAAAAAUUGCAACUAGACCAAAGUUUCGAACCGAACAUUCGACGAAAAUAGAUCGUGUGUAUUUUACAGUGUACCUUAAAUUAUUUUCAAUCACAGGAAUAUCCUGGGUUUUACAGAUAAUUGAUUCGUUUUUAAUAACUUCAGCUUUUUCCAACAUAGUUUCAGUACUGCAUGCCUUACAAGGAGUUUUUAUUUUCAUUUCUUUUACCUGCAAUAAUCGUGUGCUUACGCUGUACAAGACAAUGUGUGGAGAAACAAGUCCACAUCCAGGAAACAGUGGAUCGCAAUCAACACGUUUACCAAUAUGCCUUACAAAUACCACUAAUGAGUAAAGCAUCAGAGACUAAACACUAAAGAAGAACAAAACACUGCAAUGACGAAAUAUGACGAAAUCCAAAUAUUCACAAAGUUAAAAACUUUAUUAUUGAAUAAAUU